AUGACUUCUUUAAAUCACGGCUGGCCGAUCGCUUUCUGGACAUUAUUAGCGCUGAGUUUGGUCGAGGCGUGUCUAUUCGUUUGGCAUGGAGUGAUUCUCGGUGUUUUGCCUCUUUCAACGUCUCUUCUCUUAUUGCUCUCUCUUGCUCCACCAAAGGAACCAACCGAGAGUCUGCGAAGCUUUUUCUGGAAACUAGUAGCCGGUGUGGUGCUGGUGGGAGUGGUGUUCGUGAAUUGCACACAUGCGCUCGAGCUGCUAACCGAACAGAUCGGUCCCACGGACAAUCACCAUCAUGGACACAACGAAGCUGGGCAGAUACCGAUCAGCUACCUAAUGACAGCGGUUGUGGAUGCUUUGUUGAAGGGGUUUUUCGUGUUCUCGGGUCGAACUCCGACAUUCGGUUAUCGACACUCGGCACCGAUUUUUGCUCUUCUUUGCACGCCGGCAAUUGCAGUAGCCUGUGUCGCUGGUGGGACACAAUUCUUGCACAGUGACCUCUGGCUGUGGGAGCACUUGGUCCCCAUCUCAACCCUUGUCCUUUCCGGCUCAACAAUUGCACUCAUCAUACCCUAUUUCAAAUACCUCAAGGACUACAUCUUUCACUCGGCGCCCGAGACUUUCAACGUGAAUACGCUGAAAGAGGAGCUGCAUAGCAAGUUAUCUCAAGUUCGAAUCCGUCAUUGUCACGUUUUCCGGGUGUGGCCUCGAGGAGCCGUUGAGGCUCAUUUCAGGUUAUCGAUAGAGGUAAAUAAGCAAGAUCAAAAUUGGGGAAAAGAAGGAGAAAAGGUUUUUGAAGAAGCGAAUCGCUUCAUCCGGGAGCAUCUCGUUGGAAAGUGCGAAAGCAAUAAAAUUGUGAUCGAGCCACAUUUCGUCGAUCGACGCUCUCCAAAAGAAGAAAAGUACCCAAUUUGUGUGAAUGGCGCGUGUCAAAGCAAGCGGCUCACCUGUUGCUCUCCGGAAGAGAUCUCAGAAAAUUGCGGUUCCGCUAAAGUU